UCUUAAAUGUCUUCCCAACAAAGUCAGCAACCCUAUAGCUGUAAUCCUCAUAUAACACAUCAACGCAAGUCUUCAAAUCUUUCACAGUCGCGACAUCAGCAACAAUUUUCACACAAUCCUCCAGCAGGAGUGACUUUAGAACCAGUUAAUAGUUUUACAUAUACAAACCCUUUGUCGUAUGAAUCGUAUAGCUCUUGCUCUUUUCCUUUGGAUAGUUAUAUAGCGCUUCCGAAUACUAGCGAAGUAGAAGGACCUCCAGGCGUAAAUAGAGCCGAGGAUGGUGACAUAAAGAAAACUACUAGUGCUCAACAAGCUUGGCUCAAGUCAUGGAUCAAAUCUCGUAAUGUAAAGCUCGAAGAAUCUGUAUCCAAAUUACCUAAUAUAACAAACACACGUGAACAAAUUCUACAAACACAUUAUUUAUUACAAGACAUGAGAUUAAAAUUGGACAAGUUAAAAGAAAUCAGAGAAACUGCAAAUGAAGAUGAAUGGGGAGAGAACAUAGAAGGUCUUGAAAAUUUCAAGAAAACAUUGGAAUCAAAUUUGUCUUGCACAACGGGUCAAAAAUAUAUUGAAAAAAUAAAAAUAAAAUUAUCUAAAGUUAGGCGUCAUCAGAAAUGGCGUAAGAAGCAUAUCAAGAAAUUACAAUCUGUCCGAGAUGAAAGACAACGUAGACGUGAAACAUUACAUAAAACUAUUGAUGAGUGGAGAACGGAAUGGAUAGCUAAAGAAUUAGCUUUGAAACGGGAACAAGCAAGAAAAGAAGAAGCUGAAAAGAGAGUUCAAGAAGCUGAAGCAAAAAAGAGUGAACAUAAAGAAUUAAUAAAACUUUUAGAAAAAGUAAAAAAACUUCGUGAUCUUCGCAGAGAACGAUUAAAACGCGAAGGUCAUUUCUUUCCCGAAGAAGACGAUGAGUUUUUUAACAAGAUCGCAUCAUUGAAUGACGCAAUGAAAGUUGAAGAAGCUCGUCUUGAUCAAGAAAGAAAUGCUGCUGCUGAACAUAAAAGAAAUGAAGCUAUGGAUGCAGGAAUGAAAGAACGCGAAAGAGAAAGAGAUCCCGUUUAUGAAUAUUGGCAUCAAGCUGAAUUUGAUUUAGAUAAUUUAGUUUUAAUUAGGAGACAAUGGGAUGUUUAUAUAAGUGAAACUGGAUCUUCAUGCAUACCACCAACAUUUGUAGAUCCAUCUCCACCAGCCAAUUAUAUUUGGGCAUCUUGUCUAACGCAUGAGUAGGCAAUUUAGUGAGGUGUCAAAUCACGUGACAAAAUGUCUAUUAUGACAUAAUUUAUACAUAAUAAAAAAUUAAGUGUUUUUUGACACAGUUGAUCUGGCUAUCUAUUGAAAAUCAACAUUUUACGCAUUUACGCCAGAACUUCUGCUUGACUUGUUAUCUUUAUACAUCAAUUCUUCUCUUAUCAUUAAUAUCUUUAAUAAUAACUAAUUAAGUAUCCCGGGAAUCAAACGAAAUUGGGAUAAAAUAUUUGAGCCAAGAUGCUUAAAUUGGUAACUCCGCAGAUAAAGUCUCCUGGAGGCGGUAUGCUUGCAUGUGUUCUUGAACAUUGAA